UCAAUCCUCUUUAUUCUCAGAUAGCUGCAAUGGCGACUUCAAAGACCAAAUUGAGCAUGAAACUUUUGAUUGACCUUAAAGCUAAAAAAGUUCUAUUUGCUGAGGUUGACAAGGACUUUGUAGAUUUUCUCUUUCACCUUCUUUCAUUGCCAGUAGGAGCAAUCACUAACCUACUGAAGGAGAAAGGAAUGAAUGGGUGCUUCCCUAACCUCUACCAAAGCGUGGAGAGCCUGAGUGACACCUAUAUUCAGUCUAAGGAUAUCAUUUUACGACCCAAGUGUCCUGUUGGAGUCUCUUCAGUUCCUCUUUUGUUGUUUAAACACUUGCCUACUCAAAAGGCUCUUUAUAAAUGUUUGUCCAACUGCCGUUAUGUCACUGAAGAUUAUGACUCUAACUGCCCGAAUUGUAAGAAAAGUAUGAUGUAUACUGUGAAGAUUGCUUCACCCGUGGCAGCCUCUACAAGUGGUUUUGUGAAAGAGGCGGUGAAAUAUAUGGUGAUGGAUGACUUGGUCGUUACGCCCAUGUCCGCCGUAUCUAGCAUUACUGCUCUUAAACACUACUUUAAUGUCAAGGAUGUUGGUGCUCUGCAAGAGGAAGUUGUACAUUUUGGAAAGGAUGAGGCGCUGAAGUUGCUGAAAUUAUCUUUGGAGUCGAAAACAAUUCUGACGAGUCUCUUUGUGAGCCGAUCUCCUGAUGCAUCCAGAAUACUACCUCUACAAGAACAUUACUUGCAGUGUGCAGCAGUGAGCAGCCCAACCAGAAUGACGACUUCUUCUGGUUCCAAACUGAGUUUGAAGCUUUUGAUUGACACAAAGGCUGAGAAAGUACUAUUUGCUGAGGCUGAUAAGAAUUGUGUGGAUUUCCUCCUUCGCAUUCUCUCUUUGCCAGUGAGCACUGUCAUUAGGCUUCUCAACAAGGAUGGAAUGAGUGGAUGCUUGUCUAACCUCUACGAAAGCGUAGAAAAUAUGAAUGACACCUAUAUUCAAUCGAAGGAUAUCCUUUCAAAACCCGCGUCUUCAGAUAAUCUUUUUAUAGUACUUGAUGAUGUUCCCACACAGGAGAAGAAUACUUUUUAUGGAUGCAACAACAACGUUGUACCCAUGACUUCUUAUUUAUGCAGCAACAACAACAACAACAACGUACCCGUGACUUGUUAUGGAUGCAACAACAACGUACCCAUGACUUCUUAUGGAUGCAACAACAACAACAACGUACCCAUGACUUCUUAUGGAUGCAACAACAACAACAAGAACGUACCCACGCAUAUGGGGCAUUAUGGACAAAACUACACUAUUUUUUAUUCCUGUUCCACGUAUGUGACCGAGGACCCUAAUGCUAUCUGUCCAAAUUGUGGAAAAUGUAUGUCAAAGAAGUUGAAUUAUAUUGCUUCUCGGGGAGUGAAGGGAGCUGUGGCUACCAAAGGUGGAUUUGUCAAGGAAGCGGCGACAUACAUGGUGAUGGAUGACUUGGUGGUUAAGCCUAUGUCAACCAUAUCUAGCAUUACACUUCUCAGCAAGUUUAAUAUCCAGAAUGUGAGUGUAUUGCAGGAGAAAGUGGUAUAUUUAGGAAUGAAAGAGGCCCUGAAAAUGCUGAAGGCAUCGUUUCAGUCAAACACAGUUCUCACAAGUGUUUUCAUGAGCGGUACCAAGCGGAGUAGAACAGAAUAAAACAGAGAAUAAGCUAUAUGACAUAAUGGAGUUGGAUGUUCCAGUUUAUAUUUUUGGUCCUCUUAGAGGUUUCCUUUGCUUUGUAGGUUCUGUUAGGCAUUGCUUAUAAAUCUUAGUGCUACUUUGUUUAGUUUGGGAUUC